GCCGGAUAGAACAAUGCCUAAAUCAAAAGAACUUGUGUCUUCGAGCUCAUCAGCCAGUGAUUCAGACAGCGAAGUCGAUAAAAAGGCGAAACGGAAAAAACAGGCAGCCCCCGAAAAGCCUGUAAAGAAACAGAAGACCGGCGAGAGUUCUAAAGGCGCGGCUUCCUCCAAACAAAGUGGCAACAGAGAUGAGAACAUGUUUCAGAUUGGUAAAAUGAGAUAUGUCAGUGUUCGUGAUUUUAAAGGCAAAGUCCUAAUUGAUAUUAGAGAAUACUGGAUGGACCAAGAAGGUGAAAUGAAACCCGGCAGAAAAGGUAUUUCCUUAAAUCCAGAGCAGUGGAGCCAGUUGAAGGAACAGAUUUCCGACAUCGACGAUGCAGUAAGAAAACUGUAAAGGCCGAGCCAUACCGGAACUCUACUGUUAGAGGUUUAAGUAGUCUUUUUACAUUUGGCAUUCAUUUUCUAAACUUAUUUGUUCCAAGCUAUUGUAUAUUUGGAUCGCAAAAAACAAUUUGUAAGAUGAGGACGCUUUUUUAAUGUGCAUUAUUAAAAGUGUAUUCUGAGUGAAGUUACAAA